AAUUGAUAAAUUCCAUCGCCCGAAUGUUCAGCUAUAAUUUUGUCCGUCCGAGAUUACUGAUUAGCCACUCCUAUCUUGGCAAUACUUAAUUAGUUUUAAUUUAUGACAAUUUAAGCAAGAAAUGUAGUUUUGUGUGGUUUAAUGUGAUUAUGGUUGUUGUGUUUAUAUUUUUACGGAUUCAAAAGAAUACAUAAUGACGGGACGCUCGGGCCGAGGUGUUUUUGGUAAGCUGUUCGCAAAGAAACAACUUAAUAAGGAUGAAAGGGUUCAAGAAAUCGGAAUGCCGACCAAUGUGAAACAACACAUACACGUUAGUAUGAAUUCUGAAACCGGAAUGUUAGAGGGUUUACCUGCAUCAUGGUUGAGACAGCUGAAUGCACAAAUCUCGCCAGCCGAACAAAGCGAAAACCCGAAUGCGGCUAUACAAGCCGUUGCUUUUCACAACUUCCACGUCCUAAAAAAAGAACAAGCAGAAAAAGAACCAUGCAAACCCAUCAUAACAGAAGAAGCUAUUACAAAGGAAGGAAUAGAAAUAAAGAAGUUUAUAGCCAAAAAAAAUGCUCACCAAAGUCAAGAUUCAGAUAUUUCAAUAGGCCAAAGUAGUGAAGAGGAUGUUGGAAGUAGUACAGACACAUUAUCACAGAGACAAACCAUGCCUGCAGCUCCUACCAAGAAUAGUAUAAAGAAAAAGGAUGCUGUGAUGGAUUUAACAGCGGUGGUCCAAGACCUUACUCUUAUAGGGACAGAACCUGAAGAGAGUCCCAUUCUUAGGAAAAAAGAAUUAAUAAAUGCAGCAAUGAGUGAUGAGGAAAUUUAUGAGGAACUAAGAAGGAUUUGUAAUAAGGAUGAUCCAUAUGUAAGAUUUGAAAGAGUCAAACAACUGGGUGCUGGAGCUUCAGGUGUGGUGUUUGUUGCUAUAGACAGCAAAGACAAUUCAAGAGUGGCCAUCAAAGAUAUUGAUCUCACAAAACAAACUAAAAAGGAUCUUAUUCUUAAUGAAAUAAAUGUUCUAAAGGGCUUCAAUCACAAAAAUCUAGUUAACUUCCUUGAUUCUUUUUUAAGUUAUGACCACUUAUGGGUUGCUAUGGAACUAUUAGAUGGAGGCUCAUUAACAGAUGUAGUCACUGAAGUGGUAAUGAAAGAAGGCCAAAUAGCUGCAGUUUGCCGUGAAACCCUCCAAGCUAUUGCAUUCCUGCAUUCAAAAGGCACUAUACACAGAGACAUUAAAUCUGACAAUGUUCUUUUGGGUAUGGAUGGCACUGUCAAAGUAACCGAUUUUGGAUUUUGUGCCAACAUAGUUGGUGAUGAGAAAAGACAGACAAUGGUUGGAACUCCAUAUUGGAUGGCACCAGAGGUUGUGAAAAGAAAACAAUAUGGAAAGAAAGUGGAUGUGUGGUCCUUGGGAAUUAUGGCAAUUGAGAUGAUUGAAGGUGAACCACCAUACAUGAAGGAAACUCCAUUGAGAGCACUAUACUUUAUAGCUGCUGUUGGCAGACCAAAGAUACCCAGGUGGGAUAAACUUUCACCUGCCUUCCAGGACUUCUUGGAUAAAUGUUUGCAAGUGGAUGCUGACGACAGAGCAACAGCGGAGGAACUGUUAGAGCAUCCGUUCCUUGAUUGUGCCAUGGAAUUACGAACGUUGACGCCACUCAUAAAAGCCGCGCAAAGGAUCCUUCACAAGAAUUACGACUGAAUAUUUCAGACUGGUAAAAUAAUUUUAUACUGAUGAUAUACUAUGCAAUAAAUUUAUAUGCCAUUUUUGAUGUUCUUACGGAGAGUAGCCUUCAUAUAUAUAAAUAUUAGAUAUUGCGUGAUGUAGAUGAAACGUUUCGUCCAAAUUUUCAGUGCCAAGAAAAAUUGAUUGAAUAUUUUUCUGAGUCAUUAGAAUGUAUUGGUUAAGGCUACAAAAGUACUAAAUAUAAUGCUACGUGACUAGAGACGUAACGACAAAACAGAACGAGAUAAGGAUAAAACUGUCAGGCAUUGUAUUUUUGUUAUGUCCACAAAGCACCAUUUGGUAUUUGACCAUAGAUAUGUUGAAAAUAUUGAUACUUGGUCAUGUUCAAAAGUAAAUGUACACAAGAAACAUCGUUUAGUUAAGGUAUGUAAGUGCUUUAUGUUAAAUGUGCCGAGUUUGUCUUAUCUUUGCUUUAGUAGAUUUAUCGUAUCCAAAAAUAAUUGAUAACAAACCAUUUAAUUUCCUAGAUUAAGAUAAUAAUUAUGUAAUGUUAAGGGUUUUUUCACAAAUAGGUACAUAUAGAAUUAUGCUUUUAGUUACUUAAAGAUUAUCGUACAGGAUUUAAACGGUUUUAUUACUGGCUCUUUCAAAAGUCGCGUUAAAUUGAAUGUUUUAACUGAAUUCUCUUAUGAAAAGUACAUUAUUGAUUCAAGGAAAAUACUCAAGAGGAUUAAUAACUUUUUUUGACAUUCAUAUUUUUACAUUGCAUUUAAAUGAGAUAUUAAAAUACUUAGUAAUCUGCCUAAUGAAUCCUAAAUGAAUUCUAGGUAUUACGUAUUGUUUACGUUUUUGUGAAUUACAACUUGCUUAUACAUAAUACUCGAAACUAUUCUCAACCAAUUCGUUCCCUUUAACAGGAUAAUUGGAGUUCUAUUGUAUUUUAUGUGUGACAAGUUUUGUGACGUCACACACGGAAUUGAUUUCGCCAAUAUUCAGAUUAUUCACCUGUUCCAAGUUUUGAAUAUCAAAUAAGUGUAUUAUGAUGCUUGAAUGUAUUUUUUUAUAUCGAAACUACACUAUAAUAAAAGUAAACGGUAUUAAAUGAAAAAAGGUAAACUAUUUUCUUAUUCCAUGCAUUUUUCAUACAUUCCUGACAAUCUGACUCUAUAUUUUUACUGACUUUUAUUCUAUUUCUAAGCUUUAUACUAUAUACUCUUAUCAAUAAAGCAAUAUUUUUUGUAACUAUACUCCUAAAUGCGGAAGAUUUAUUUUAGCCAGUCUCCGUGCAUCUUUGCAUUUGAUUUUUGUUAUUCAAUAGUUUAACAUUGUAUUACUUUAGUCCUGUUUUUUAAAUAUCUUCUAAUUGCUAGGAAAAAAAAAGUUGCAGGACUAAAUAUCUAGUUUUUCUUCCACAGUAUUGUUUGUGUAUUAUUUGUUUGAAGCAAUAUUAUUAUCGUGGCCAUUUUACUAUUUAAGAUGAAACUGAAUCGUCAUACCAUGAUGUUUAACAUUAAGAUGUAGAUGAUAGUCAUCAGGCAUAAAUAAUGAGAAAUAUUUUUUGUAUUAUUGUUGUAUUAAAUUCAAAUGAUAGUUUUUCGUAUUUUGUUAUUCGGAAAUUCGUCAGUCAAGCUUUCUAGAUUUAAGGUUAUGUGGUAUAAUGGUUAUUGUGAAGUCAUGUAGGACCAAGAGUGCCUGCUUCUUCAUGAAGAGAUGGAGAUGAAAAAUUAUAUUUUAAAAAUUGUUGUAUUCAGUAGAUUUAAUUUUGAUUUUAUUGAACACCGAAUUAAUUAUCUGUUCUAUGUGGAUAAUAUGGAUUGGUACAUUAGAAUAAUUUAAGUUGUAUAAAUCUCGGCAAAUAAGGUUUGUCACUAAAUGUAUAUGCGAACAUUCCCCCAUCACACAAUACAUGGCCGUUGAUAUUUAUAUAGACUACCUUCCAGACGGUAUUGUUAAAAAAUGCUCAAAUUAUUAAGAAAUUAACUGUAAUUUUUCAUCUCGGUCUGUAUUAUUUAAGCAUUUGCUGUCGCACAACGAAUUGCAUUAUUGUAUUAAAAGCUAUACUGCAUAGUUGUAAGUAUAACAUAUACACCAAUGACACUUUUUGAACAUUUUAUUAAUAGUUGCCUAUUAAAUUAUUUUUAUAAACACA